ACGAAACACAUAUAUAGAGGGUGCGGUUGGCAGAUGAGGCAAAGCCACAGCUUUCUUUGUAAAUGCCGACAUUUUGUAUCUUUCUGAAAAAUGCCAAUUACUAAUUUCGUAAUUGAAUAUGAUGCUGUCAAUCAACAAAACAUCUUCACCAACGGCGAUACUGUCAGAGGAAGAAUCAUUGUGGAGGUGUUAAAAGAGACUCGAAUCAAAUCACUGACUUUGAUAGCAAAAGGAAAAGGACAGGCCCAUUCAUCUAACGAAGACAGCACUUUUAGUGUUUAUGACAAAUACUACACCAUCAAACGUCAAAUCUUGGCAGAAGCAAGGCAAGACGGUGAAACUUUUGAGAGUACCAAAGUUAUUUCUCAAGGAAGACAUGUAUUUCCUUUUUCCUUCAAGAUUCCUGACAGAGAAAUCCCCUCGUCGUUCAAAUGCGCUUUAUGUGAAAUUGUUCAUAAAAUCAAGGCAGAGCUCAAACAACCAAUGAAGUUACCAAGAAAGGCUGAAACCUACUUCAAAUUUGUCUCCAAACCAACUAUGGAUAUAACUGGACUGAUGGUACCUUGGCAUGGUAGCAAUAAUACAUGUGUCAAAUUCUUUGGUUCCGGAGCAGUUACAAUGGACGUUUAUAGUGACAGAAUAGGAUGCAAGCAAGGCGAAACUCUCCAAAUCCGAGUUGAAAUCCUAAACCAUUCAACUCGUUCAGUGACACCAAUAUUAAAGUUCUACCUGAAGGAAAAUUCCAAUGGAAAUGGCCUGCAAAGUAUAGUUGUAAAAAAGGUCGUUCAGAUGGAGGGCAAGGCUGUCGCGUCCAGUAGCAAAGGCACGGUGAUGAAAGCAAUUGCCAUCCCCAGACGACUGCCACCCUCCAUCUUGAACUGCAGCAUCUUCAGGCUGGAGUACGAGCUGAAGGUUUAUCUGGAUAUCAAGUACACAGUCGAUGAGGGUGUCACGAUUCCAAUUGUUGUCCUUCCUGACAUGCGACAACACCCAAGCCCAGUAGCGUUUGACGUCACACCCCAACAACAGGCAACACUCCAACCUUUGGACUCUCCUCCUGCCUAUGAAACCUUGUUCCCUUCUUAGUGUGGUUGACAUACUACUAUGAGGAAGUUGACACCAAUUAGAACACCAAUUAACAACAAACGUGUCGUGUACUUGCCGAAAUGAACAAUUCAAACCAAACCGAAGAUGGCAGCAAAUACGUGUGAGCAAAACCAAAGUAGGUUUUUUUUUUUCUAUAAUUUUGAGAUUGUCUGCAUUUAUUUUGGUUUUUGCUAAGAAAUAGAGCCACAGAUUUAUUCUUACUAUUAUUUAUUAGUAUCCUGCUUUAUUGCAACUAAAAUACAGACUUAGAAAAUUUGUUCAUUUGAUUUUUUUCUUUUAUUAAAUACAUCACACCGUUGUCAAAAUGCAUACAUCCAUACAACUGCACAAGUAAGAAACCAAUCCUAGCAUCUACUGGCUCCUUUCUAGUAAUUGCCAGAUUAAGUCUUGUUAACACUUGAAGCUUUCUGUCCAACUGGCUGACAAAGCGUUUCAGCUCAAGGCUGGUGGCUAAAACUUUGAUUUAAUCAUUUGAGCUUUGUGAUUGUAGUUUUCAUCUUGUUUUCAUCAACACUAAAUGUGUUAAUUCAUAUAAUCUGAUUAUCAGAGAUGGGACCAAAGUGCAUGUCUCAAGUGAGUCGCAAGUCUUAACCCUCAAGUCUCAAGUAAGUCCCAAGUCAUUUUUUUCUUGGGCAAGUCAAGUUCUUAAAUAGGUCAAGUCAAGUCCAAGUCAAGUCCUUAAAUAAGUCAAGUUAAGUCCAAGUCAAGUCACCUUAUUAUUGCAAUUUUACCCGCAGAAUCUGAUUUUAGUAAUGUGAAAAGACAAGAUAUAAGUAACUUUACGUCACCAUCAUUGUCCAAUGUGUCUAACCUGUUUAAAAAAAAUAUGACAAUUACUAAAUUUGGAUUUGCACUGUAAUUAUUGAUAUUCAGUAAACUACACCAUGGAAUCAAACAAAAAAGAAAUUACCUCAUAUAAUGAUUGACAGCUCAAUCUAAACAAAUGAACGUCUGCCGACAGUGUCUGACACAAGGAAUAGCCAGUCAGACACGUCAGCAGAGGCGCGGCCAGGAAUUUUUCCAGUAGGGUCGCACGCCCACAGGAAAACAAAUCGAACUGAAAGUGCAAAAAACAAAAAACACACGUCGACAGGUUGUGCAUUUUUCCAUCCCUAAGCCAGGUGGACGGGUGGAUCCUCGGGUACACACCUUGUUGGCAGUGACACGCAUGCCGACUGCUUUGGUAUUUUAAUGAAUUGGCAACAAUUAAGCCACGCAGCAUUAGUUGCCACUCCUUUGAUGGCAUUUUAAGAUUCUUUAAAGUGUAGUUUUGACUUUUUGUUUCGUUUAUUACUUUUGGUAACUUAAUAAGUUUGACAUGAAAAAAUAACAGGUUGGUUUUCUAGUUUUCUCGGUCUCUGUUUAUUUAUGAGAAGAUUAGAUAUUUAUAAACAUCAGUACGGGGCGUGGAUCUUUCGACCUGGAGUAGCUAGACUUAGCACAGAAUUCAUGGAUGUUAUCUAUCAAGGAGAUGUUACUUGAGGAUAAAAGUUGUUCAAUUCUAUGGGCGUUCAACUCUGCAUGAAGAAAAAGGUUGUGAAUUGGGGUUGAUAGCAGUUGACGGCCAUGUUGAGGCCAUGCCCGUUUAUUGCCAAAUCACUGGAAGAAACUUUGUGUCCACAAGGGAUGGUGGUUUACUGACUCAACUGUUUAUUUCAAAUAUAUGUACAUGGGGAAACUUGCAAGAAAUUUCUUUUUAACCUUUUUAUACCAGGAGGUUUAAUCAGAGUAUAAGCACGUAUGAAAUUAUAUGUUGCUGUCUGAAAACAACUUAGCACCAUUUUGACAGGCCUUGUUCCCUUAUUAGUGUGGUUAUGACAUACUACUAUAAGGAAGUUGACCAUUAAAACACCAAUUAACAGCUGCACGUGAACUGUAACUGUAACAAAUGUGUCGUGUACUUGCCGAAAUAAACAAUUCAAACCAAAUUUUUCAUGGGAAACUGUCCAAAUUCCAACAGGACAAAUCACCAUAUUUCUACAAAUGAGCAGACAAUAAUCAGUUCCUUAGUGGUACUAACAUGUGAACCACUUCUAGACACAGCCAGGCUUUAUUGAUGACAUACAUCAAUGACCUCAAUUCCCUAUGACAAAUCACACUUUGAUAAGCGCUUCAAAAAUUCCGUCCUGAAUGACAUGAAUCAAAUACAAUCCCACACCAAAAUGCUUUAUUCCAGAACUGAUUUGUUAUCCCACUUUGCCAUAUAUACUUGACUGACAGCAAUUAAUAAAUGAGAAGAAGUCAA